AUGGAGUUAGCUGAAGCAAUACGAAUUCCGCGUGUUAAUAAUGUUAUUAUGAUUAAAGGACCGAGAAAGAAUCAUGUAGGAUCAUUAGCUAUAUUAAGUCAUCAUUUAAUAUUUUCACAAGCUGCUCGAAAUGCUGCAUCUGAAGAUUUCAUGCUACUUCAUCGAACCGUUGAUAGAAUUACAUGUGACUUAGUUCAAAGAGAUCAGCCUGCUCGAGGAGGCAUAUUAACUUUGAAACUCAAGAAUUUUCUGAUAAUAGCCUUUGAAGUUCCUCAUUGGGAUCAGUGUCAACUAGCUAAGCAGUCAAUUGAGACACUUUCAAACAUAUAUGGUUGUGAUCAUGAUUAUCCAUUCUACUAUCAAAGUCCAUUUGAAAUACUUGAUGAUGGAUGGAAUGCAUUUGAUAUCGAACAGGAAUUUAAUCGAAUCAAAUUAGUCAGUGGGGAUUCAUUCAGAAUAAGCUCUGUUAAUUUAAAUUAUAAGGUAUGUCGAUCAUAUCCUGAGAAGGUUAUAGUCCCCAAAGGUAUUGGUGAUGACUAUCUUCGCAUUAGUGCAACAUUCCGAGAUGGAGCUCGGUUCCCCAUUCUUAGCUAUUAUCAUCCCCGAACAAAAUCUUGCAUCUUUCGUAGUGGCCAACCACUUAUCGGACCAACAAACAGACGUUGUCGGGAAGAUGAAUCGAUUCUGAAUUCAUUAGUCACUCUUUCAAGAGGAAUCAUCUUCGAUACACGUCACAAAUCAGUUGCCAUUGCCUCUAAAUCUAAAGGAGGAGGCUUUGAAGCAGUCAUGCAUUAUUCACAAUGGCGAUACGUCACAUGUCCAUGUCCAAAGAUCUCCGAUAUUAAAGAAUCUUUGACCAAACUCGUGGAUGUUUGCAAUGAUUCGGGAAUGAGCGUUGAUAAGUAUUUAUCGCGGCUUAAUCAAAGUCAAUGGCAACAUUCGGUGAUGGAUAUGAUAAAUGCGGCUGCUAAUGUAGCUCAAUGUAUUGAAAGUGAUGCAACACCAGCUGUUCCAGUUCUUGUGCAUGGAGGAGAAGGUGUUGAUACAACACUUGCAACAACUUCGCUAGCUCAGCUCAUUUUAGAUCCCGAUGCUAGAACAUUCCGAGGAUUUCAAUCUCUAAUUGAAAGAGAGUGGAUAAUGGCAGGCCAUCCAUUUCAAUUACGCAAUGCCCAUAGUUGUUAUGCUCAAGGGGCUGUCACGGGAAGGAGCGAAAGCCCUGUUUUUCUCUGUUUCCUAAACGCAGUUUAUGAGCUUAUGCACCAGUACCCGAGUGCCUUUGAAUUUGACGAGCACUUAUUGAUUUUCUUAUUUGAGCAUUCCUACGCAAGUGAAUUCGGAACAUUCUUAGGAUGCAAUGAAAAUGAAAAGGCUCAGAAAAAAAUCAAAGAACGCACGGUCUCUCUCUGGUCAUAUAUAAACAAUCCUGAAGUAUGUCGAACCUUCAUGAACAUCGAUUACCAUCCCAACAAAGGAGUGAUUUGGCCGUCAAUUCUGCCUCAAUGCUUUAAACUUUGGGAUCGUUUGUUUUUCCGAUGGCAAAGGAAUUGGUCUGAAACGGACGGGUUACGAGCAACAUUAGAUCAAUGGAAAACAAAGGAAAAAGAAUUGGUCACAAAAGCGGUUAUACUAAAGAGACAGCUUGCGGAGCUAAUGAAAGAAACGAAAAGCCCAAAGCCGCACCUGCUUACUUAA